CUCUCAAGAUGUCCGCCGCCGCUCAGAUUGACAACGUCCGCAUCACCGGCAAGGUCGAGCCUGCCCACGAGAAGAUCCUCACCCCAGAGGCAGUCAAGUUCCUCGUCGUCCUGCACCGCAACUUCGAAGCCACCCGUCAGCAAAACCUUCGCAACCGACAGCUUCGCCAGACCCGCUUCGACGGCGGUGCUCUCCCCGACUUCCUGCCCGAAACUGCCCACAUCCGCGAGAACAAGUCAUGGAGGUGUGCGCCCCCUGCACCUGGUCUUCGUGACCGACGUGUGGAAAUCACGGGUCCCGUUGACAAGAAGAUGGUCAUCAACGCCCUCAACUCUGGCGCCUACACCUACAUGGCCGACUUUGAGGACUCCAACUCGCCCACCUGGGCCAACAACCUCGACGGUCAAGUGAACAUGAACUUGGCCAUCACUCGCCAAAUUGACUUCACGCAGCAGUCCAACGGCAAGUCGUACAAGCUCAAGCCCGAGGGCCAGACUGCCACCCUCAUCAUCCGUCCGCGUGGCUGGCACUUGAACGAGGAGCACUUCAUCGUUGACGGCAAGCCCAUGUCCGCUUCCCUCUUCGACUUUGGUCUCUACUUCUUCAACAACGCCAAGGAGCUCGUCAAGCGCGGCUUCGGUCCUUACUUCUACCUCCCCAAGAUGGAGUCCCACCUCGAGGCACGCCUCUGGAACGACGCCUUCAACCUCGCCCAGGACUACAUCGGUAUGCCUCGCGGUACCAUCCGUGGUACCGUGCUGAUCGAGACGAUCACCGCCGUCUUUGAGAUGGACGAGAUUCUCUACGAGCUGCGCGACCACUCGUCUGGCCUCAACUGCGGUCGAUGGGACUACAUCUUCUCCUUCAUCAAGCGACAGCGCUACAACAAGAACGCUGUCCUCCCCGACCGUUCAGACGUCACCAUGACCGUUCCCUUCAUGAACGCGUACGUGGACCUCCUCAUCAAGACGUGCCACAACCGUCACGUCGCCGCCAUCGGUGGUAUGGCCGCUCAGAUCCCCAUCAAGGGCGACGAGAAGGCCAACGCCGCCGCGAUGGACAAGGUGCGCAACGACAAGCUGCGCGAGGUCCAAAAGGGCCACGACGGUACUUGGGUCGCCCACCCCGCCCUGGUGCAGAUCGCCCUCGAGAUCUUCAACAAGAACAUGGUCGGCCCCAACCAGUACCACGUUCGUCGCGACGAGGUCAACGUCAAGGCGCUGGACCUCCUCAACGCCAACGUCCCCGGCAAGAUCAGUGAGGAGGGUGCACGCGCCAACGUCUCUGCCCUUUUGGGUUACUGCGCAAACUGGAUGGGCGGCAUCGGCUGUGUGCCCAUCAACUUCUCAAUGGAGGACGCAGCCACUGCAGAGAUCUCGCGACUGAUGCUCUGGCAAUGGUGCUACCACGGCGUGAGCACGCACGACGGCAAGAAGGUGACGCCUCAGUUUGUUGACAAGCUCCUCGACGAGGAGGCGGCCAAGCUGAACAAGCUCGACGCAAAGAGGGUCGACACCGCCAAGCGAUACCUCGCUGAGCAGGUCAGGGCAAAGGUACCCAGCGAGUUCUUGACGACCGACCUGACGCCCUUCCUCGACGACAAUGCUGCGCCGGCGCGUCUUUAAGGUGGAGCGAUGCGAUGCGAUGCGAUGCGAUGUGGGAGGAGUGCACUG